UCGAUUGAUUUCUAUUUGUUGAUAUAUAAUUUCGUAUUCUAUUUACUUAUUGGAAACCGAAAUUAAAUAUACAAAAUGUUAGAAAACGUUAAAUCAGUAAUUCUAGUGUUAUCAGGAAAAGGCGGAGUUGGUAAAUCAACAGUAAGCACGCAGUUGGCUCUUACUCUUAAGGAAAGAGGGUUUAAGGUUGGCCUCCUGGACGUGGAUCUGUGCGGUCCAAGUGUACCGUAUAUAUUAAAUUUGGAAAAUGAAAAUAUUCAUCAAGGCACAGAUGGUUGGGUGCCAGUUUAUUUGGAUAAAGAACAGAGAUUGGGUGUUAUGUCAAUUGGGUUUCUUUUAAAGACUCGCAAUGAUGCUGUAGUUUGGAGGGGGCCGAAGAAAACGGCAAUGAUUAAGCAGUUUUUAGAAGAUGUAUAUUGGCAAGAUCUAGAUUUUCUAGUAAUUGACACUCCACCUGGUACCUCUGAUGAGCAUAUAACAGUAAUGGAAAAUCUCCGACAAAUACCUCAAUGUUCAGCGAUAAUAGUAACCACUCCACAGGAAGUAGCCAUUGAGGAUGUCCGGAAGGAAAUCACAUUUUGUAGGAAAACUGGAAUACCAAUUCUUGGAAUCAUUGAGAAUAUGAGUGGGUAUCAAUGCCCAACCUGUAAUGAAUGCACGAAUAUAUUUUCAAGUGGUGGUGGUAAAUCUUUAGCGGAGAUAUCCAAACUCCAGUUCCUCGGUUGUUUACCAAUUGACGUUCGUGUUGGUAAACUUGCAGGGCAAGGUCUUGCUGCGGUCAAGGAAUUACCAGAUUCAACAACUAGUAAAGUGUUUAAUGAUUUAGUUACAGUAUUGGCUGAAUCUAUACAAAAUGGCUCAUGAGAAUAUACUAGGUAACAAUAACAUGAUAUAAAACAUCCGAUCAUAUUUAACCUCCUUCAUGCUAUAUCAUUUGUACUGUGUUUAUAUUAUAUAUACAUAGUACUAGCUGUCGCCCGCGACUCCGUCCGC